AGAGUUUGCAGUUGUAGAGAGUCAGGGCUGUCGAGAGCAAAUACUUACAACUCGUCAUAAUGAUCCGUCGCAACGCUCGUCAGCGCCGUGAGUACCUUUACGCUCGUGCCCUUGCUCAAAAGGAAGAGGCACUGUAUGAGAAGAAGCAGAAGAUCAAGGCCGCUGUCGCUGCCGGAAAGCCUAUCGCGCCUGAGGUGCAAGCUGGCGUGCAGAACGAGGACUUGAAAUAUGACGAAAGUCAGCAAGCCGAGAUGUUGGAGCAAAUGGACAAUGAAUACUUUCUGAGUGGUAUCCGGGAUCCAAAAGUCUUGGUUACUACAAGUCGUGAUCCGAGUGUAAAAUUGGCGCAGUUUGCAAAGGAAGUGCGCUUGGUCAUUCCUAACUCGCAGCGUAUCAACCGUGGUAACUACGUUAUGAACGAUAUCGCAGCUGCCUGCAGAGCAAACGACGUUUCCGAUCUCGUCAUUCUUCAUGAGCACCGUGGUGUUCCUGACGGUCUCAUUAUCUCUCACUUCCCGCACGGGCCAACAGCAUCAUUUACACUUCACAACGUCAACUUGCGUCACGAUAUUCCUGACGCUGGUACAGCAAGUGAAGCAUUCCCUCAUCUUAUUCUCCACAACUUCACCAGCAAGCUCGGAAAGCGUGUUACGGAUAUCCUUAAGAACGUCUUCCCGCCGAGCCCGAAGUCCGAUUCGCCAAGAACCUUGACCUUUGCAAAUGACGGAGACUUUAUCAGCUUUCGACACCACGUACACGUCAAGACCGGACCGAAAUCUUUGGAGCUUGCCGAGGUCGGACCUCGGUUCGAGAUGAGGCUGUACCAGAUCAAGCUUGGUACAAUCGAGAAUGUGGAUGCGGACGUCGAGUUUCAGCUUCAUCCAUUCCAGAGGACUGCCAGGAAGCGCGAUGUCCUCUGAAGGAAAAUGGUGGAUAUCUUUGGCAUUUUUACAAGGUUGUCGUUGCAUUCUAUUCGGGUUCUGGCGUCUUGGGUUUGGGUUUUUCGUGUCAUCCCGUUGUACUAGUAGAAAGCUUGAGGCUCUUAUAUUACGGCAUAUU